GUCUAAUCCAACCGACCCUUUAUCUUUUAACUGGGCCACAGGAUUCUAAAAAUGGGUUUUAAAGCUCGCGAUGGUAAAUGGGCCUUUUCUAACACAGAGACAGACAAAUACUGCCAUGUUGCAAAGCUGUUGUCUGUAUUUGAUGAUUGAUGAUGGAGCAAGUAGAAGCAGCAAGAAAGAGAUGCUCAAGAGUCAUUGACACCAUACACAAAUUACCUUCUCAAACCAACAUCACUGAAUCAUGCAAACGCACUCUCCUCAAAUUAGCCCAAUCUGAGCUCCAUUUCCUCUCCUCUCGCUCCACAUCUACCCCCCACCACACGCCCCUCAGUGUUAAUAUUGGGCACUUAGAGGCUGUGAUUCACAUUCUACAACAACCCUGUAUAACUGGAGUUUCACGGGUUUGCAAGCCAAUUCCUUCAUCACUUCCAAAUAGGAAAAAGAUUGAAUCUCCUACAAAGAAUGCGGUUCAUGUUGAUAUUGUCUGUACUCUUAAUAAAAACCCAGUUUGGAUUAUUGUUUCUGAUAGGAACCCAAGAUAUGUUUCUUGGUUUAGAGAUGGUAAAAGUAGUAAGGGCUUAAAAUUUAGACUUGAACAAGUUUUGGGUGCUGCUCAAUCUACUCAGAUAAUGAAACCUUGCUCUAUUGUUUUGUUUUUCUCACACGGGAUUAGUGAUUUUGUUAACGAGAAGCUUAGAGAAGAAUUUGGGGCAUGGCAGCUUGGAUUGGAGUUUGCUUUGUUUGAUUUUGAUUUAUGUGAGGAAUUAGAAGGUGGUGAAUGGAUUAAUGUGGUUGCAAAUGCAAGGUCAUUUCAAGAGGCAUGUGUUUUUGAAAUCAAGGUUGGUGGUACAAAGGAAAAUACAGUUUUGGGUUCUAAAUAUGGGGUUGAGAGGUCAUUGAGUCUUAAUCCUACUGGGCUGGAGAUGAUGGAAGAGGUUACAAAAGAAAACUUGGAUGAUGGUUUUGAUUCUCUUAUUUCGGAGAUGAAGUUGUCAUUGAUGAAAGUUAAAAGUGUGGAUGUUGUUGGGCCGGGGGAUUUCAUUGGAGAUGAUGAUGGUGAUGAUUUUAUAAAUCUUGAUACAACAGCCUUAAUUGCAAUUGUAUCAGGAAAUAGCAAUGGUUGUACUGAGAAACUUUUGGCUACACCAGAGGAUGAAUUAAGGAAGCGAUUUAAAGGAAAUUAUGAGUUUGUGAUUGUACAGGUCAAAUCUGAAAUUCAGAAUCCAAUACUUGCAGAGAUGGCUGGUGUUAUACAAGGAAAGAGAGGCAUAAUAUGUGAAAGUGUUCUUUCAGAGUUUAAACAGUUGGUAUCAAUGUGUGGAGGGCCUAAUGAGAAGCUUAGAGCGGAUAAAAUACUGAAAUGCCUUAUGGUUGUGCCGGAUAGUCCUUCAGAACGCAUGAUGGGCGUCCCAACAACAAGAAAGUUGGCAUUGAAGAACAAGGUCGUUUUUGGGACUGGUGACCAUUGGCGUGCUCCGACUUUAACAGCAAAUAUGGCAUUUGUGCGAGCAGUUUCACAGACUGGGAUGCCUCUGUUCACCAUCGAGCAUAGACCAAGGGCCUUAACUGGUGAUUAGUUGUAUGCAAAUGUGUGACUGAUUAGCAAUUAAAAUAUUUGUGGUUAGCAAUCACAGGUAUCAAAACUUUAUCUUGCUAUUCAUUAGUUACUAGCUGUACAUCUGUAGUACAUAAGAAAAAAAAAAUUUGGCUUACUAUGAAA